AAAGCGACACUCUCAAGCGUUUUCUUCCUAAUUUGUUGUAUUCAGUAUCAAACGCCCUAUGAUACGGCACUCGUGAACAACAGCAAAGAUGUUGCGGCAUUGCUUGUCUCCGGUGAUAACCUUCGCGUCCAGCUGUAUUCAAACAAUGGAGAAAUAUUUGCUUCUUCCUCUUCACCAAGCUUCAAGUGCGCCAAAGUGUUGAUGGCAAGACAUAUGCGGAACUCUCGUGGUCCUCAUUCCUCCAUGAAUUCGCCGAAAUCCACUCAGUCGACACCGACGCGAUGCUCGGUUUCCUCUCCUUACAAUCACUCCAGUACCCCUCAUUCCGUAGCGGCGUUCGGGUCGACUUACCCGUCACCUCAGUAUCCAAAUCCCGUCACGAAUAUCAUGGAAGGUUCCCUUCCGUCUCCACUCUGUUUCCAGUCAUCAGGGUAUUCCACCCGUGCUCAGCCGUUAUAUGGAAACGUCGCACCCGCCGAUGAUGUCAAUCGUUCACCAUUUUGCAUUGAACGAGGAACUUAUCCCACCUCAAGAGAGAAUACGGUUGUCGCUUCUCCUGGAUUCUUUGACUCUGGCCUCGCAACGAUGACAGAUCGCAGCUCUUACGAUCACAGUGGUCCAUGGUCAGGUAAUGAAGGAUGCUCCAAAUUGAAAGAACGGAUCGAAUCAGCACACGAAUGGGUAAUCUGUAGCGAUGGAUACAUUGUUUAA